AUGUCUGAAAGAGCAGUGAUACCAUUGGAAUCGAAUCCAAAUAUUUUCAAUGAACUUGGAGAAAAGUUGGGGCUCUCUCCUGUCUUGCAGUUCUGCGAUAUCUACUCUUUGACUGACCCUGAUCUUUUAGGAUUUUUGCCGGAGCCAGUGUAUGGUGUGAUGCUUCUCUUUCCUUUAACUGGUGAUUAUGAAAGCCAUAGAAAACAAGAAGACAGUAGUCGUCCAAAGUAUAACAAUGAACUUUUUAGUGAGAUUAAGUGGGUUCCCCAGACAAUACGUAAUGGGUGCGGUCUAUACGCAUUGCUACAUAUAUUAUUGAAUAUUCCAAAAGACCUUAUUGUGGAAAACCUGAUAUUAGCUAAUUUUAGUGGCCAAUUGAGUAAAGCAAUACCACAGGAAGAUAUAGCCAAGCUAGUAGAAGGACUAGAGCAUAGGAUUCAAUUAGAUGAGAACUAUGGAGUUAUGGGUCAGACAGAAGCACCAGAGGCUGGAGCUCAUGUUGAUUUCCACUUCAUUUCAUUUAUCAAAGGAAAAAAUGGUCAUUUAUAUGAGUUGGAUGGAAGAAGAGCUGGACCUAUAGAUUUGGGUCCAUGCGAUGGUGAAAGUGUAAUUAAGGAUCCUAAAUUAGUUCAAAAGAUCCAAUCAUAUAUGGACAUGGCCGAUGAAAAAAAUAAGCUCAAGUUUGCCUUAAUGGGAAUAGCACCUUCAUUGAGUUAG